UCUCAGAACCUUGCUGCCGCCGCGUUCGGACCUCGCUGCUCCAGCCUCCGGGGCGCGUUCCAUCCUGUCGGCCUGAACCCAGCAGAGGGAAGAAAUCACGUAUCUUCUUGCCCCGUACAUACCUUGAGGCGAGCAAAAACAUUACAUUUUAACCAUGAGGGAAAUCGUGCACAUCCAGGCCGGUCAGUGUGGCAACCAGAUCGGUGCCAAGUUUUGGGAAGUGAUCAGUGAUGAACAUGGCAUCGACCCCACCGGUACCUACCACGGGGACAGUGACCUGCAGCUGGACCGCAUUUCCGUGUACUACAAUGAAGCCACAGGCGGCAAAUACGUUCCUCGUGCCAUCUUGGUGGAUCUGGAACCUGGGACCAUGGACUCUGUUCGCUCAGGUCCUUUUGGCCAGAUCUUCAGACCAGACAACUUUGUUUUUGGCCAGUCUGGGGCAGGCAACAACUGGGCCAAGGGCCACUACACAGAAGGGGCUGAGCUGGUUGACUCGGUCCUGGAUGUGGUGCGGAAGGAGGCCGAGAGCUGUGACUGCCUGCAGGGCUUCCAGCUGACCCACUCGCUGGGCGGGGGCACAGGCUCUGGAAUGGGCACCCUCCUCAUCAGCAAGAUCCGAGAAGAGUACCCCGACCGCAUCAUGAACACCUUCAGCGUGGUCCCCUCACCCAAGGUGUCCGACACCGUGGUCGAGCCCUACAAUGCCACCCUCUCCGUCCACCAGUUGGUAGAGAACACCGAUGAGACCUACUGCAUUGACAACGAGGCUCUCUACGACAUCUGCUUCCGCACCCUCAAGCUGACCACACCAACCUACGGCGACCUGAACCACCUCGUCUCAGCCACCAUGAGCGGGGUCACCACCUGCCUCCGCUUCCCCGGCCAGCUCAACGCUGACCUCCGCAAGCUGGCUGUCAACAUGGUGCCCUUCCCACGCCUUCACUUCUUCAUGCCUGGCUUCGCCCCUCUCACCAGCCGUGGGAGCCAGCAGUAUCGGGCCCUCACUGUGCCCGAACUCACUCAGCAGGUCUUCGACGCCAAGAACAUGAUGGCUGCCUGUGACCCCCGCCAUGGCCGGUACCUCACCGUGGCUGCUGUCUUCCGUGGGCGGAUGUCCAUGAAGGAGGUGGACGAGCAGAUGCUCAACGUGCAGAACAAGAACAGCAGCUACUUCGUGGAGUGGAUCCCCAACAACGUCAAGACGGCCGUGUGUGACAUCCCGCCCCGUGGCCUCAAGAUGGCGGUCACCUUCAUCGGCAACAGCACGGCCAUCCAGGAGCUGUUCAAGCGCAUCUCGGAGCAGUUCACCGCCAUGUUCCGGCGCAAGGCCUUCCUGCACUGGUACACGGGCGAGGGCAUGGACGAGAUGGAGUUCACCGAGGCCGAGAGCAACAUGAACGACCUCGUCUCUGAGUACCAGCAGUACCAGGACGCCACCGCAGAAGAGGAAGAGGAUUUCGGUGAGGAGGCUGAAGAGGAGGCCUAAGAUGGAGCCCCGUGUUGCCUCAGGCUUCUCCAUUCCCUCAGCCUUCUUCCCCAACUGCCCCUGUCCUCUCCCUCAGAAUUUGUGUUUGCUGCCUCUCUUUUUUUUCUUUUCUUUUUUUUGGGGGUGGGGUGGGGGUGUCUAGAACAGUGCCUGGCACAUAGUGGGCACUCAAUAAAUCUUUGUUUGUUGAAUGUCUCCUCUCUCUUUCCACUCUGGGAAACCUGGAUCUCUGCCAUUCUGGGUAACCGUGUAUGUCCCGGUGCCCACUCCUCCCAUCUGUCCAGCUAAUAUUUCCUGCUCUUUCCACAACAAGUCUAGAUGCUGGGUCUCGUCCAGGUCCCACUUCACAGCCAACUGGGUGCUGAAAACCCAGAGAACAGCCAGUCUUUAAAGCCCCAAGAGGAAGAGGUAGAAAUCAAUACAAGGAAGUCCAAGGGAGGGGCGGUGGGGUUUUCCAUUCUCGGACAGUUUUAGGGGAAUUCAAGGUAUAAAGUCAUCAUUUCAGGUAUUUCCGUGCCCUGUCUCCCAGGUCCACGGGAGGAGUGAACAGUAUUAUCUCCCUUUCCGUCUCCUCCGUCUCCCUCUCCACGCUCCGUCCUGAGCUGCUGUCCUUUGGCGGGGUCUGCUCCACUCUGGGGUCUUCCCCUCUCCCGCACAUUGCAUUUCCCCCUUUUCCCUGAUCAGAGCUCAAGAUGGCAAAGACAUCCCCGUACCCCCCCUUUCCUGCCCCCUGAAAAGGAGCAGCAUGCCUGACGCACGGAGAGGGGCAUCCUCCCCCUGGAAGGUCCGUCCUUGCCCAGGGGGCAGGGGCAGGACGCCCCUGUCUUUUGGCAACAUCUCUUCUUUUGCUCUGCCUAUCCCCUCCUACCCUUGGUUUUGUGCUACACUUCAGAUUCCUAUUUUGUGUUGAACUUGCUGCUUUUUUUCAUAUUGAAAAGAUGACAUUGCCCCAAGAGCCAAAAAUAAAUGGGAAUUGAAAAAGAAAA